AUGCUUGGUAGCAUCUUUCAUUGUGGAUUUGCUUAUGAUCGACGGUGGAAGUUAUUUCGACAUGAAAGUGUGCCAGAUGCAAGUACUAAUACUGUCGCUACUACCCACAAUAAAAACGACAAGCGCGUGCAUACAGUUCACUUCGCUUCAUCACACCAGUUUUCCUUGGGAAUGUCUGAAAAGUCAAACGACAGCCAUGUUAAGCCGUUUCACAAUACAUGGCUCUUCUCAGAAGACUCAUUUCUAUCGAAGUCGCCGUCUCGCAAGCAAAUGACGCUCUCCCAAGAUCUCAAAGUGCGAGAGCUGAUAUAUGAUUUCAUGAUUCGACUAGGUUCCCAGUUGAAACUCGACGGAAGAACGAUAUUGGCAGCCACAAUUUAUCUUAACCGCUUUUAUAUGCGAGUUCCUAUAACCACGUCCAAGUAUUUUGUUGCGUGUGCUGCAAUCACCAUCAGUUGCAAGCUUCAUGACAACUAUAGACCACCAGAUAAAAUAGCCAUGGCGGGAUGUGGCAUCAAAAACCCAAACAAGAACAUUGAUCAGCACAGUCAGUUGUUCUGGCAGUGGAGAGAUCAGCUUUUGUAUCGCGAGGAGCUUAUGUUGAAAUUUCUAAAUUUUGAAUUAGAUGUGGAGCUUCCGUACGAUAUACUCGAGAGUUUAUUAGAUAAGAAGGAUGAGAGCUCAUCCAAUGGCUUUUUCGCUAAACUACCCGAUAUCUUAAAGUAUACUGUGUCCAAGGUUGAGCUGGUGAGUGCUUUGCCAAUAUUAGUUUCCUUUGAUACUCGUACUCUCCUCGGUACCAUGCUUGUUCUUACAGUCAAGGAAGCUCAAGGAAAGUUUGAUGAAUUCACGUCCCUACAUAUGCCAGAACUGUUCUUGACUGAAACUUUGGGGGUCAUAACACAAGAAACAUACUUGUGUUACAAGUACAUUAUGCAUUUGAGAGCCAUCUGUGAGGAUCCCAAAUUGCCUAGUCAUAAAAACGUUUUCAAAAAGAUCUCAAAACUUAGUAAAGAAGAGUAUCUUUUUAUUGCUACUGGCGGAGACAUUGGCGGAAACCAACAAUAG